CACUAGCAACACACUUGUAUCAUAAAAAACAAAAAGAUAAUGUCAUUAAAGUCCUUCUUAUCCUUUUCUGCAGUACGACGGACCUGUACGCGAUGUAUGUUCUUGUUAAACUCCAGAUGCGACACUGAAGAGCUGCAAAAUGGCAAAUGACAGGUUACGGGCUCUGGAGGAUGUGGAAAAGGAGAUCGCUGUCGUUCUUCAGUGUGCAGGAACCAUAGUGCUGGAGUUGUCCAAGGAGAAGCAUAAUGCGAGUUUAUUAGAUCGGCAGCUCAACCAGUUUCAGACCUCCAUUAACAGGAUCGAGAAUGAGCUCAGCUCUCAGAUCCGCUACCUCACACAGGUGGCGACUGGUCAACCUCAUGAAGGCUCAACAUACUCAGCCCGAAAGGACUGCCAGAUGGCCCUGAACCGUGCAGAAUACGCCCGCGUCAAACUGGGAGAACUAAGACGCACCUGUGAGACGAUGCUCGACCCCCAGACAUGAUGUUAUUCAUAGUCUCAAGAAAAUCUUAUUAAAGCCUUCUGAACCUUGGCCUUGUGAGAAAUCUCACUUUUAAGAUGUACGUAUCUGUCUACAGACUGUCCGAGGGAAAACUCUGACUUUGUUCUGCUUUCUAUGAGGUUAGGUUUUUCUAAUGGAAGCUCUUUUUUUUUCCUCCCCAUAAAUACAUUAUCAUGUUGUAUAAAGAAAACAACUUGCCUCUCACUGUUUUGUAAUAAAUAAAUCAAAGGGAUAAUUUUUUUCCUCCA